GUUUGUCCAGCUGGGGACGCCACAGGACGCAGAGAUGCUGGUGAAGUAUUACAGUGUAAACCCACUCACCAUAAAGGGGCGACCCAUACGCCUCAACAUCUGUGCCAAGUACAAAACACUGAAUGUGAACCGCAGACAGGUCGGGUCUGCCGGAGACAGUCGGGGCCAGAGGAACAGCUCCACUGGAUCCAGGACCUCCUCCAACUCCAGAACCUCCUCGUCCAGCGCCAGGACCAGAGAGGAGGAGGAGAUCAAAGCAAAGGCUGAGGAGAAACCUGCAGAGGAGGGGGAGGAGGUGUCUGGAGUGUUGGAGGGGGAGGAGCAGGUAACCGAUGGAGACGAAAAGGCGGAGACAGUGGAGGAGCCUUCAGGAGAUGUUCAGGAGGUCCCCGAUGAUGUCACCGACAACACACCUGAACCUGUCGGGGGGGCAGAAGGUGAGGCCCAGCAGGGGGCAGAGUCAGAGGAUCCAACAGAAACCGAAGAUUCGGCCGAGAAACACGAGAUCAAAGAAGAACCGACUGAACCUGGAGAGAGUUCAGAUGCGGUGGAGGAGGAGCCUCCUGCGGACGAGCUCGAUCAGGACUUCAUGGAGAACAUGGAGGACUUUGUGACGUUGGACGAAGUCGCUGAAGACGAGGACGAAGAGCUCAGAGACUCCGACACCUUCGACAACACGAGGGGGGGGGUACGUAUCCGUCACAGUUGUUCUUGUUCUCACAUUAUUCUCACACACUGACGUCAUCACCAAUGUGGGCGUCGUCAACCUAUACUGGACUCUGAUUGGUUUGUAGACGGCGCCUGACGUGGGCGUGUUGUCAGUUGGGGGGGGGGGGCAGUAGUCUUCUGUUUGAACAUAGGAAAUGAAUGAAGCUUCACUUGGUUGCCAUGGUUACAUCAUGAUGGCAUCACUAGCAGCAUCAGCACCUUCAGGCGCACUAAUGAGG